UUGAGUAGCUAAACACUUUGAUUCAACUGUUGCUAUCUUAUCUAUGGCUUCUCUUAAGCUGCUCCUCACUCUUCCUUUUCUCUUGCUCAUGGUUCUUGCAACAACUCAAGCUGCCCAAUGCUACACUUUGAGGGCCAAGAUCUCCUGCCUCGACUGUCGAUCUAACUACGACUUCUCUGGAAACAAGAUCGUGGUGAAGUGCGAGAAAGUGAAAAACCUAGCCGUAGCAAUCACCAGAACCGAUGGAUCAUUCGAAACUACGCUUCCUUCGGACGCCUCCAACUCUCAGUCGCCUCCUUCCAACUGCAUUGCCAAACUUGUUGGGGGACCUCACCAACUGUAUGCUUCAAGGAAAGACAUGGCUUCCAUUGUCAUCAAGGCAACCAACUCCAAAUUCUUCACCAUUGCCACAGCUCUCAAGUUCUCCACUUGCAAACAACACAACAAAUGCCAAGCCAUGAAAGAUCAGUUUAUUGCAGAUUCAAAGACCGUUGAUUUGCCUCUGCCACGUGAGUGGGGGCUGGCACCUUCCAGCUACUAUCUUCCUGAGCUCCCGAUCAUAGGCAUUCCUUGAAUGUUAUAUCAUAGCUGCUAAGUUUGCAAUAAUCUGCUUUGAGAACUUUAAGGUUUGUGUAUUUGUGCUGAAAAUGUGUUGUGUUGUUGUGUUGUAUGUUGUUGGGAGUGGAUUAAUCAUAUGGCUAAGUGUCGUCGGCUAUAUAAUCUAGUUUGAAAUAUGUUUGUAACUAUUGGUAUUAUGAAGUGAAGUUUCUAAGGCUGGUUUCGUAUUGUCUUA